CAGCCGGAGGACAGGGGGAGAGCCAGCGAUGGCUUCACUCAGGCAGGAGCACCGCUACGGGCUCUCCUGUGGAAAAACUACCAAAAACAGCUCCAACAUUACUCUGUACCACGUCAAGCUGACGGACACGGCCAUUAGAGCGCUGGAAGCCUAUCAAAACCUCAAGGGAGUUUUGCAAAAUGAGACAUCGAUCUGUUUUAAAGGAAACCACGGGUACUUCAAGAUCCCAACUCCAACACCAGAGUCACCUUCUGCUCUGCGCAUCUUCUCCUUCUACCUGUCCAGUGACAGCAAAGACCAGCCUCAAGCCAGCUUUGACUGCAUCCAUCAGUACAUCUCGAGUGACGGCCGCGAGCAGCUGGAGGGCCAAGGCAGCAUCCAGGACAAGAUCACCGUGUGCGCCACCGACGACUCCUACCAGAUGACCCGCGAGAGGAUGUCUCAGAUGGAGAAGGACAGCUGGAGCCGCUCGGCCAUCGAGAUCAAACCCGGAGCCACGCAGCCUAAUAAAAGCGUCAAAUACCAAAAGAGAUCCGCUCCCCUGUCUGCUCCUGAAAGUAGCUUCUUCAAGCAGCCGCCCACCAACCGGAGGAGCUGCGGCGUGCCGACCCCCACCCCGAAGCCCCUGAGGGAACGCAUCAUCCACCUGCUGGCCCUCAAACCUUACAGGAAACCAGAGCUUCUCCUGUGGCUGGAGAGAGAGCGAGCCUCAACAAAGGACAAGGCCGAGCUGGGAGCCGUGCUCGACGAGGUGGCCAGAGUGAACCCCAAAGACAGCAGCUACCUGCUGAAGGACGACUUCUACAAGCACGUGCAGAGGGACUGGCCGGGCUACAGCGAGGAGGAGAAGCAGCUCAUCAGCAGGCUGCUGUCCAGGAAACUUCAGCCCCACAUCAGCAAUAAAUCACGCAACGUUCAAGCACACUUGUCAAUGCAUGCGACCCCUGAGGACCCAAGCGCAGCGAAAAACCCAGCUGUGAAACGUUUUUUACCCCUGGACUCACAGGAAAGACUGGCUGCGAAGAGGCAAAAACUUACAGACCAAAGGUUAUACCAGUCUGCGGCAAAAGGACUCGCAAACACUAAAGGAGCACAUGAUAAUGCAGCUGUGACCUUUGACCCCAGUCUCAUCUCCGUUGCUGAACCUCAGCUGAUCGGUGGCAUUCCUGGUGACCCCUGUGGCCUAACUGUGGCCCACGAUGGCGUUCCUUUCGACCACGGCCUGUCUGACGGACAUAUUUCUGAGAAAAAAGAGCAGGACGCCAACGUUAACAAGCUGAAAACGCCGCAGGGCGACUCUGGCUGCACUCAGCAGCAACUCCACAACAGCCAGCACAGAAAGAAGAAAUCUAAAAAGCACAAAGAAAAGGAGCGGGAGAGGUUAAAAAGUGACAAAGGAGCCGAAUGGCUGCAGUCGAGUCCCGAUCUCAAGCAGAACCCAGAAAAACUUGACAAUCCUGACAACACAAGUGCUGCGGCCUCCGAGGAGAAGCCGGAUUAUAUGCUGGCGUACAGCCCCAUCUCAAGUUUGGAGCAGCGGCAGCGAUAUCAGGAGGAUUUCUGCACAGAGUACGACGAGUACAAAGACCUUCACUCCCGGAUUGCUGCCAUAACUCACAUGUUUGUUCAGCUGGGCUCCAAGAUCAAGACUCUGUCUCCUGGCACACGGGAGCAUAAGACUAUGGAAGACCAAAUACUGGAAAAGUACAGCAAGUUUCGGAAGAAGUUUCCAGGUUACCGGGAGGAAAAGAAGCGCUGCGAGUAUCUUCAUGAAAAACUGUCGUACAUCAAACAGCUCAUCAUCGACUAUGAUCUCUCCAAGCCCUCUUUAUAGCAUUCGUUUGCUUUUGUUUUUUGUUUCUUUUAAACCGUCAACUUUGCAUACCCAACAUGAGUGUCAAAACAUUUAUGCCAGUGACAUAAACGGCUUUGAAAGGAGACUUCAGCUUCCUCCACACACUUUUGCUAAAGCCUCAGACGAUUCUCCAGAGUUCUCAUAAUAAAACUGAGCGCAAAACCACUGGAAGGUAUUUGGUUGGAAUUUUUUCAAUGUAGUUUUUGACCUUAACUUAUUUACUUUGCUGAAAUCAUUCCCUUUAUAUUUUCUUGUACUGCUUCUGUUUUGUUUUUGUUUUUUGGGGGGCGGGGGGUUGUACUUUUCAUUCCCCUAAACAUAACUAGUUGUAGCGGAAGUCAUGCUUUGAGAAAUAACCUUGUCUGGGGUAAAUGGGAGAAGCAGGCCACAUGUGAGCGUAAAUGAAUCAACUUCAUUCGUUGCUCACAGUUUUUAAUGCGUUUUUUUUUUUUAGCUUUUGUCAAAACGGUGAGUCACGGUGUGCCGGACUUUAUCACACUUUGUCACAACAGUGAACUUUGACAUAUUGUAUUGGGACGACAUGCCACAAAGCCAUGCAUAAUUGUGAAACGGAAGGAAAAAAGAUACAUAGUGUAUUUUUUUAACAAAUACAGUGAAAACUCUUAAUCUGAAGAGAAACAUUCCCGCAGCAUGAUCCUGCCACUGUCAUGUCUUAAGGUUCAGACUAAUACUCAGUGUUAGUUCUCUUUGUUUUGUAUUUAGUCUUUUAGUCUCUUUUGGACCAGACCUUCUUUGUGGCAAAGUCUGACCAGAAAUUUUAACAAAGGCUUUUUUUCUGCCUAUUAAGGCUAUUUUAUAUUGCUGAACACUCGUUUUGUUAUUACUAUUCCACUUUGUCCUGCUUUAAACUUCCCUAUGACAUUCUCCAUGACCUGGUCUUCAUGAUGCUGUUUGGUCACUACCUUUCUCUGACAAACCUUUGAGGCCUUCACUGAACAGCUAGAGGAGAUUUUGUUUACUAGAAAAGUGACUUCUAGAGAUGUUUGUUUGCACUGGAGUUUAUUUAGGGAGGGCAGACCACGUUUGAUCAGAUUUUAUUUCCUUAAAGACUAUAAAAUUAUAUGUUACGUUAUGUUGCAUUGCGUUACGUUAUGGUGCGUUGCUUCUGUUUAAAUCCCAGUGAAAUACAUUGAGGUUUGUGGUUGCAGUGUCACGAAAUGGAAAAUGGCUUCACGUUUGUAAAGCCAGACUCGUAGCCAAACUGGAUUUAUCUUUUUGAAGAGAUUAAAAUGACGACAUGUCACUUUCUAUUUUAUUUAGAUUCCCUUUGAAGAGAACAGAAAGGGCUUGGUCGAUUCACUGUAACCAACAUCCGUGUUGUCUCCAAAAUGCACUUAUGUUUAAAGUAUUUAUUAACUGCAUUCCCCUGUCUCUGGAGCAGCUGAUGGUAAAUGGACCAAAAUGCCUAAACUAGCACAUCUGCUGAAGUAUUUCAAUCUAGAGAAGAAAAAAACCUUCAAUUUUUUUCAUUUUUUUUUUCUUUUGCAUUGAACUACUGACAUAUUUAUUUUUUAACCUAUUUAUCUCUGUCCUGUGACAUUAGUCAUGUGAGCUUUGAAAUCAACGUGUUGAUAGGCAUGCAGUCAGGGAAAGAUUGAAGAGCAUCAUCUCAUUUACUCCUGUCCUCAGGUUUUCUUGCUUCUCUUGCCUUUUACAGAUUGCGUAUUGAUUCCAGAAUGAUCCCUGCACAGCAGAUUCAUAUGGCCUUGGGUUUUUUCCCCCCCCCCAAGACGGAAUCCGUUUUGGCAGCAGUCGCUCACUAUUCUUGCACUUUUUUAAACUGAGUGUCAUCAUGUCAGAGACAAAGAAGCCUUAAUGUGAAACGUUUGGACGUCGAGGUUUUCAGACUGCCAAUAUGACGAAGAAGAAGAGGUCAUUAUACACACACGUAUCAAUCUGCCUUAUUUUACUAUCAACACUUUAUUAGGGUUCAUUAGGUACUAACAAAAUAGUAAUAGUAGUCAGUAGUUCAUUCAGACAUGAGAAACUACCGUCCUCAUCUGUUUCAUUUAUAUCCCCUCUGGUACUCAGGGGUCCUCAUAAAUAAAGUAGAUAUUUAAGUAUUUAUCAUCAGGAUCAAUGUUAUGUUUCAUAAAUCUGUUUUCAUGAUAUAUAUAUAUAUUUGUUUUUCUGAAGCAUUAAUGUAAAACCCCCAUAAUGAUUUCCCCUCCCCCCCAUUCUGGAUAAGUGUUGAUCAUUUUCAGGGGACCAGUGUGUGCUGCACAGGUGCUGAAAGAAGAGCCUGUCUUGAGGAAUCAGAGGAGAGACUUUGUGCAUUUACCAAUGUUUACCUUCUCUUGUUCUGGUAUGAACAUUUCAAAAAUAAAAUGUUUAAAAAUUUAAAGUC